AACCGACAAUGAGCUUCAAGAACUCGCCAGUCAUUGAGGAGAGUAUUGGCAAUCUCGACUCUCCUAUGUACAUGACCCAUUACGGACAGUCUUUUAAGUACUUUCACCAGCACAUCCACCAAAGGCAAUUGACAGGGUCUGGAAGGCUGUUCCACCGCUAUGCUGAACUGCCGGCAGAGUUGCAGCUACGCGUCAUGCAGCAUUGCAGUGCACCUAUACUCUUCCAACUCAUGCAUACAGAUCGCAACCUUCGUAUUGAAGCCAGAAAGCUCUUCUUCUCAGGUUCAGAUACUUGGUACCGGCUUAACGCGGAUUUUUUACUACAACGUCCCUUGGCGACUGAGUCUUUGUACGAACCUUGCUUCCUGGCCAGCAUUCAACAGCUUGAGAUCUACUCCCCGUAUUUGGAUUUGAAGGUCUGGUCACCUGAGGUAGAUGAGAAGAUAUUUGUCUCUUCUGAGGAAUGCUCCCAAUUCAUCGAAAAGCACACCAAGACAAAUAUCCAGGCUUUCUGGUGUACCGUACAACGCUUGUGUCCUCAAGUCAAACGUAUCAUGUUCACUAAAGACAGAACGUUCCCUGACUACAACCUGACAAUCGACUGUUUCCAAAGAAUUGCACAGUUGAGUCCGCAAGGCCUUGGUGUCUUCUUCUAUACGACUGAGCCAGCAGAAGAGGUUGUUGGUCGCCGUAGAAAGAGGAUACUAUGGCAGCUGAGGGCAAGCGACGAGAUCGCGAUGACGGACAUGACGCUAUCAAAGGCUCCUGGAUUGAUUGUUGUUCCACCACAGAAGCCUCAUCGCGGGCACGUGGGAGAUUUCAUCAAAUCACGAACAAUCUGGGAAAAGUAUUGUGGUCAGCGCUUCGCAGCUGAGUAUCACCGAGCGGCAGCUGACAACAACAACAAGCAGCUAGUGGCUCUAGAUCAGAGGCUCAAAGAAGCGCAGGAUCUUUUCUGGGAUUGGUGGGGAGACUAUCCAAGUGAGCAACGGACAAUAGCCGAGAGGGAGGUAGUGCAUCAGUUGGAGCAUGACAUUCUGUAUGCACAGGACAAGCCCGUUUCAGAACACGCGUUGUUGAAAUUCAUAUACGAGGUUGAGUGUAGUCAGUCAUUCUAGACGGCAAAAUAAAGGCCUCUACGAUGCUGAGCAGAGAAUGUUGGCACUAUCCUGAGAAUAGUUCAGUAGUCAAGCAUCC